AUGGGUUGCGACGGAGGAACUAUCCCCAAGAGGCACGAACUGGUGAAGGGGCCCAAGAAAGUUGAGAAGGUUGACAAAGACGCAGAGUUAGUGGCCCAAUGGAACUAUUGCAGUCUGAGUCAGGAGAUCUUAAGGCGACCGAUCGUGGCCUGUGAACUUGGCAGACUAUACAACAAAGAUGCUGUCAUCGAGUUUCUGUUGGACAAGUCUUCCGGAAAGGCUCUGAAGGCAGCGUCACAUAUUAAGAGCAUUAAGAAUGUGACGGAACUGAAGCUCUCUGACAAUCCUGCCUGGGAGGGGGACCGAGGAAACACCAAAGGCGACAAGCACGAUGACCUCCAGCGGGCGCGUUUCAUCUGCCCCGUCGUGGGCUUGGAGAUGAAUGGCCGGCACAGGUUUUGCUUCUUGCGAUGCUGUGGCUGUGUUUUCUCCGAGCGCGCCCUGAAGGAGAUAAAAGCAGAUGUCUGCCACACCUGUGGGGCUGCCUUCCAGGAGGAUGACGUCAUUGUACUCAAUGGUACCAAGGAGGAUGUGGAGGUGCUGAAGCGCUGCAUGGAGGAGAGGAGACUACGAGCGAAGCUGGGCAAGAAAACCAAGAAAUCCAAGGCAACAGAGACCGUCUCAAAGCCAGAUGUCCCUGAAGACUCCGCUGGGCCAUCGACUAUUAAGACCAGGAAGCCUGAGGAAAUCGUCCCUGACUCUAGAGAGAAGAAACCCAGUGCAGCUCCCAAAAGCGCAGCAACAGAUGGGAGUGCUUCCGGGAAAGCGGGGAAGCCUCCGUGUGGAGCCCCAAAGAGAACCAUCGCUGACAGUGAAGAGUCGGAAGCCUACAAGUCGCUCUUCACCACUCACAGCUCUGCCAAGCGCUCCAAGGAGGAGUCUGCCCACUGGGUCACCCACACCUCCUACUGCUUCUGA